AUGGAUGCCUUUAACAGUCGCAGUCUCCUUUUAACUAUCGUAGAAGUCAGCUCGCUUGUUAUUUUAAACGUUUUGUCGUUGACAGGAAACAUCUUGGUUUGUAUUUCAGUUUACAAGAACUACAGGCUUCGCACAACAACAAACCUUUACAUUACAGCACUGGCUGUAAGUGAUUUGAUAUCUGCUGUAUUUGUCAUGCCCCCAGUGAUCGGUGUGCUAAUAACAAGUGAUUGGGUUUUUGGGAGAGUGAUUUGUGACUUACAUGCUUUCUUCGGUGGGUUUGUGAUCUACAUUUCACCCGUCACCAUGGGUUUAACAGCUUUUAACAGAUACACGAGAAUUUGCAAGUCGGAGCACCAAUACAAGAAAAUCUUUUCACCGUGGAAGUCUCGCACCUGGCUAUUUUGCAUUUGGAUCUUAAUUGCUUGCUACAGUGCCGUUCCAAAGUUGGUUGGUCUUCAAGAUUUUGUUUUCGUUCCAGGAUACGCCAUGUGCGCUCCAGUCCACCUGAGUGAAGCUGGAAGAAUGAUUCACUAUGCCAUCGUCCUUUGUUUGUUCCUUUUAACACCUUUAGCAACAACGAUAUUCAGCUACAUAAAAAUUGCAAAGAUGAUCCAACAGCACAAUGCCGAUGCAUCAUUGACGAUCCAGAGGAGCGAAAGAAACGAACGCCUCACCGCGCGCGAGAUCAAGCUCAGUAAAUCUCUCUUCGCUGUUGUUUUCGCAUUCAUGAUAUGCUGGAUCCCAUUUUGGCUGAUCGUUGUUUUAAGGCGCUUUCGUCUAAUCGCAUCGAUGCCACGAAAUGUUGAACUACUCUGCAUGUUUUUUCUUUACUUCUCCAACACAAUAAAUCCGUUUAUCUACGCAGGGAUGAAUCCUUUAUUCAAAAGAGAAUUCCGUAAAAUGCUCUGCUGUGAAGGAAGACGUAAUGCUGUGGGUGUGUCUAGUGGAGGGGAUUGAAAGACUGAGGAGGGCAAGAAGGGAUCGACACGUACAGAAGCACUAAUGUUAGCGAGGGGGUGAGACUCUGCGUGCAUGGGUAAAAAGUCAACGUUUUCAUCGUGGAAUCAGCUUAUUCUAUUCGGCAUAUUCGGAACAUGUGCUGGCAGUUGACACGUUCUUUGUUUAUUUGUUUCAAAGAAUAAACGUUGGAAAAUUGCCGCAGACUUAAAUGGCAAAUAGGUGUAGGUAAAAUAUUCUUCUAAUAAUGAGAAGGCCUCUUCGUUAUCAAUCAAUCAGCGUGCAGUAAGUUCGCCCUGUAUGUUACAAGGGUAACAAUAGACAAUAGACAAUAUUUUAUCUGGGGUCUUAUACCAUCUGGUACAUCAACCAUUUUCCAAAUAAUUUGAAAAUACAAUCUACUAUAUUAAGCUAUUUGUUACACUAUACAUAACAUGAACACGGCAAUGGGUGCGGCCAAAGGAGGCUAGGGUUCCUUUGAUCGGGAGCACGCUUUAUUUUAAAAACUACCGUAAAAUUCCGAAAACAAGCCCCGGGUCUUAUAUUUUUCAAAGGCCCUUUUGGAGGGGCUUAAAUUAGGAGGGGAUUAUCUAUGGACGGAGAUUUGCGUUUCAAAUCGAUUGCGCUAACCUUAUAGUUGGAAGGAAGUUUACCGUUUUUGCUUUGUUUCACUUUGUAAUUGAGGGCAAUUUCCAAGUACAAGCCCCUGGGGGGCUUAUAUUUCGAGGGGCGAUUAAACGGAGGGUUUUCUGCGUUACGAAUUUGGGGUGCUUAUAUUUGAGGGGGCUUAUUUUCGCAAUUUUACGGUAUAAUAGUAGCUAUAAAUGAGUGUAAUUUCCUAACAUAAUCUGUAAACAUGUUUAUAACUUUUUCAUAACAACUAGUUGCCCAAGGCUGUGGUUUAACAAAAAUCACCGUUUUUUCCACUCAAAAAGCUUAAUAUUUACAAUAUUAAAUUUUUGGUGAUCAUUUAAAGAAAUUCCUCAAAACAGGUGUUCGAACAAAGUGUCGACCAAUGUGUUUUCCUUGAAAGGAGUAUAGAACGAUUACAUCCCGGGUUUCUUUGAAUGAAUUGCUAAACAAAAAAAGAGACAGAAGAAAUGAAAUCAAAUUUUUUUUUUUACGCGUUGAAAGCAAAGAAUCAUUUUGCAGUUGUUUUGUACAUUCAUUGUAGACAAAGUUAUUUAAUUAUAAAUGCGUGCAAAAAACCGGAGUAAUUAUAAGUACCAGCUGAGUCCUUACUGAGCAGGGCUGGGCUAAUCGAAACUGAUUUAGAUUCCCUUGUUCUCUCUGAAAACGGCCAUAGUUUUGGCACUCGCGGCACUCCUUAUUUAUUAAGCUGUUCAAUAAGACUAAAAGCUUUAAUCGAAAUAAUGUGAAAUUAAUCUCAAGUCACCUUACUUUGUAACUCAAUAAGGGUGGUGAUAUACGAAACAAUCCAAGAAAGUUGCAACAUCCUUUACCGCACACUGAAUUUAGCUUUUUAGGGUUUUUUGGGCUCGAAGACGGACCAACAUGUUAAUCAAGCCGUCAAAAUAAAUGUUGCUUAAAACAAGUAAUACGUUAGCAAUACAGCUUAAUACGUUUCUGGGGAUACACGACCAAGAAAGCAUUCGGAAGCUUGCGCUGCCAUAAUUUUACUGAUUUUGAAAGGAAAAUCUUUGCUUAGGAUAUAGUGAUGUUCUGUUACAAAAGGUAUUGGUUUUACCUUGUCAGUUAUAAGAUAGAGGUUAAUAAAAAAACCUUUAAGUGAAAUAUCAGAAAUUAAAUAAAUAUAAAAAUCAAUUUCUCUAAUCGGCUGGCGUCUGUUUUGUCUCGUCCCUCUUACUACUGACAAUUUUAAUAGCACCUGCAGGGCUCCAAAUUAAAGUCAUAAAGAAUUGAUUGCGGCUCAAAGAGGUUUGUAAACCAUUCAAGUGUUUCUUUUUAUCAGUUAUAACCACAUGACAACGCACGUAUUUUUAAAUGUAUAGCUAUUUCAAUGAAGGUUGCUUUGGGCAUUGUGAAUUGCGCAAACUCCUGACCUUUAAUGAAUUCAGAUAUAUAAAGCUAAACUUGCAAACGGACCCAAAAACUCCCGCCAUUGUCGGCCCGAAAAUGUUGGGGGCUGUUGAAUAGUCGGUUGGCGGCAUUAGUUUGCAAACGGAUGCGAUAACUCCCAUUAUUAUUCAUGCAAAAUAUUUCUCUGUUUCUGAUUGGCUAAAAGCCAGACAUAAUUCACCAUAGUCAGCUACCGUUGACCAAAUCUGGAAGAAAUUUGGGAUUACAAUUUGCGAUUGGUCCAAAAGUUUGACCGGUUUCAAACUUUGCGCAACAACUCUGAACAACACGCAUAAAUAUAGAACAAGGUUUGCAAACGGACGCAACAUGUACGUAACACCCAAAAAUGUCAGGAAAACCUUUUGGCCAACAAUGUUGCGUCAGUUUGUACUUAGCUUAGUACCUGGAAGAGUCGAAAUGCAUGGCAUUCAGGCUAUAUUUCAUGGUUUUGUUAUCAGAUUUUCACAAAGUGGCAUCUAUCAAUUUUUCAUGACUUUUAAAUUAAAAUCCGUGGGUAAAAAGCUCAGCAAAAAGCAAAAAAGAUUAUUCGAAACUUAACAUUAGCAGCUCCAUAACCUGACACAGAGUAAACUUCUUUCUUAAAGUCAGUUCUCGCGGACUUCGCUAAAAUAUUUCUGGAGAACAGCUUCAAUGGCGGAAGCACUUAUUAAUCGCAGCCCCUUUUUAAUCAUCCUGGAGGUCAGCUCGCUUGUUAUUUUAAACGUUUCGUCCUUAUUGGGAAACAUUUUGGUUUGUAUUUCUGUUUACAAGAACAGUCGACUACGCACAACAUCAAAUCUCUAUAUCAUCGCAUUGGCUUUAAGUGACUUGAUUUCAGCUGUACUUGUAAUACCCUUCUCAACCGGUGUGUUAAUAACAAGCGAUUGGGUUUUUGGCUCAGUUUUUUGCAACUUUCAUGGUUUCUUCGGUGGGUUUGUUAUCUACAUUUCACCAGUAACGAUGGGUUUAAUGGCUUUCAACAGAUGCAUGAGGAUUUGCAAGUCGGAGCAGCAGUACAAGAGAAUCUUUUCACCGUGGAAGUCUCGCGGCUUGCUUGCCUUUGUGUGGAUUUUUGUCGCUUGUUAUACUGCUGCACCGAAGUUAGCUGGUCUUCAGGAUUUUGUCUUCGUCCCGGGAUAUGCCCUUUGCGCUCCAGCCCACCUAAGCGAAAUUGGAAAAAUGUUUCACUAUGCCUUUGUAGUCAUAUGUUUCCUGUUAAUCCCGUUACUAACAGCAAUAUUUAGUUACAUAAAAAUUGCAAAGACGAUCCAGCAGCACAACGCCGAUGCGUCAACUACAAUCCAGAGAAGCGAAACAUUCAGCCACAUUACUACGCGUGAGAUCAAGAUAAGCAAAUCACUUUUCGCAGUUGUGCUGGCGUUCAUGAUAUGCUGGAUCCCAUUUUGGGUUAUCGUUAUUUUGAGACGCUUUCGUCUCGUCGCGACGAUGCCACGUAAUGUCGAACUCCUCUGCAAUUUUUGUAUGUAUUUCUCCAACACAGUGAAUCCGUUUAUAUACGCAGGGAUGAAUCCUAUAUUUAGAAGAGAAUUCCGAAAAAUUCUCUGCUGUGCACAAAUACGCAAUGCUGUGGGUGUGUCUGCUAGA